AUGAAACUCCGGGGCAGGUCCAUCAGGAAGCUGAUGCCGCAGAGCACCCAUCGGGAACUGGCCGUCUACGCCGUCUUCCUGGUAGCCCUCUGCACGCUGACGCUUGGCAUGGUGAGCUCCGACAGGUACUACCUGCACAAGGUCAUGUCCCAGGUCUUCGUGGAGGCCUCUUCCUCUGAGGACAGCAGGAUUGCUUUCAGGAGCAUUAAGAGCAGAGAUGAUUUCUGGAAGUUUGCAGAGGGACCCCUUCUGGAUGGACUCUACGGGGACAAAUGGUACAACAACAUAACAUUAACCUUCCAGCACAACAGCAGCCACACUUACUACGAGAACCUGCUGGUAGGAGUGCCUCAGAUCCGGCAGCUGAAGGUCCACCUCAACAGCUGCUCCAUCCACCCCUAUUUCCGUGCUGCUGUGAAGGGCUGCUACAGCCACUACCGCUACGGAGCUGAGGACAGGACAGACUUCGGGCCAGGGAACACACCAGAGUGGAAAUACAGCUCAGCCUCCUCCCUCUGGUACUGGGGCUCUGUGGCUCUCUACAGCAGUGGAGGAUACAAGUUCACCCUACCCAGGUCAAAGCAGGGGAGCCUGAAGAAGCUGGAGUUUCUCAGGCAGAACAGCUGGCUCACCAGGGGAACCAGGGUGGUGUUUAUUGACUUCUCAACAUACAACACAAACAUAAACCUCUUCUGUGUAAUCAGGCUGGUGGUAGAGUUCCUUGCCAGUGGGGGUGCUCUCACCUCUUCACACUUCUACUCUGUGAAGCUCCUCAGAUACAUCACUUACUAUGAUUACUUCCUGGCUUCUUGUGAAAUCUCCUUUGGCCUCUUCACCUUUAUAUUUAUCGCCCAGGAAGCUGUAAAAAUCACCAAACUGAAAAAGAAAUACUUCAGAAGUGCCUGGAACUGGCUGGAUUUGCUGCUGCUGCUGGUGUCCGUCCUUGCCAUUGCCUUCAACAUCUACAGGACUAUUGAAGUGUCCCUGCUGUUGAAGAAGCUACUGUCUGAUCCCCACACCUACCCAGACAUCUAUUUCCUUGCAUUCUGCCAGGUGCUUUACAACACCACGAUUGCUGUCACUCUCUUCUUGGCUUGGAUAAAGAUCCUUAAAUAUGUGAACUUGAACAAAACCAUGGCACUGCUGUCCUGCACCUUAUCUCACUGUGCCAAAGGCAUCUUUGGCUUUUCCAUCAUCUUCUUCAUCGUUUUCUUUGCCUAUGCCCAGUUAGGCUACCUGCUCUUCGGGUCACAAGUUGAAGAGUUUUCCACUUUCCAGAACUGCAUCUUCACACAGUUCCAAAUGGUGCUGGGAGAUUUUAAGUUUGAAACCAUAGAAGCAGCAGACAGAAUCCUUGGACCUUUUUACUUCAUCACCUUUGUAUUCUUUGUGUUCUUCAUAUCACUGAGCAUGUUCCUGGCUAUCAUAAAUAAUGCCUACUCAGCAGUCAAAGCAGAGUUUGAAGUGAUGUCCAGUCAAGGAUUUCAGAUGAAAGACUUUGGACAGGUAAGUGAACACUUCUGUGACUUCCUCAUUGGGUUCAAGAUAGGAGGAGUUCUAAGCUACAUCACUUAA